CCUUGGGUUGGUUUUUACCUGAGAAAUAGAAGGUGAGCGGGUGGGUGGGCACUAUGAUGCCACCGAAACUGGGAGCUAGUGGGAAAACUGGGAGAUCCCUCACAGAUACCCCAGUAGAUGCGAGUCCAGACCUGGCUGUGGAAGCAGUGGGAUGUCUCCACCCUAACAGCAGACCUGUGCCCAGGCUUAACCCGAGAGUCAGACUUCACCCGCUGGAGGCAGCUGGGCAGUUAGGGAGCUAUGCUGUUGCUCCCCUGAAUGGACCUGGGUGCAUGGAGACAACAGGAGAACACAGAAAAGCAGUGCAGAAAAUCUACAUUGACCUCCGACCUGUGCUGGCAGCUGUCAAUGAACCUGAGGACUCUUCAGGGAGAUGCCCCUUUGAGCAGGAAGCGUCUCUGGUCCAGUGUGGUGUGAGUACCCCAGAACAGAAGGACAUCCUUUCUCCAGAGCCGCCAUUCCAAUGCAGAAUGCACCCACCGAGCCCCUGGAGUAAAUCAGAAGCAACCUGGCUGGUCAAGACUGUUUUGCCUCCCAUUGCAAAAUCAUCAGAGAGGAAUUCUCCAAGCCCAGAACACAUGAAGAUUCCAGGGGCAUCUCAUCCCUCUGUGGCACUGGUAAGCCUAUCUGAGGACAGCAGUUUGAUGGGCUCCAAUCGCUGCAUGGCAUCCCAGAACUCUCAUCUCUUUCACAAAAUGAUCUUCCAGCAGAGCAGCCCUGAGACCUCCAGUCCUGUGAGCACAGAGAUGAGGCCUUCGCUGGAGCCCCAGGAGGUUGGGGUCCCCAUUCAGCUCCUGCUCAAGAAAAUGAGAGAAAGGGAGACGGAGGGGUACAGGAAGGGAGGCACCUGCCCCGACCACCUCCUCUUCGCAAGAGUUCUUCGCUCCCUGAGAGAGGAGCAGCUCCACCUGGAUUCCCCAGGUCCACUGGAAAGUGGGAAGUGCACUGCGUCCAAGCCAAGCAGGGGACACAGGAGGGACACCACAAGGACAUGCAGUGACCCUUCAGCCUCUCUCUCAUCCCACCGGAGAAGGAAGGCGCUUGUGACUCUCAGUCUGUGCAAGAGGAGCCUGCCUGCGCUGAGACACAAAGGACCCUGCAGCAGUGGAAAUUCUACUUCACAAACACACCUUCCCUAACCCACAUACCUCCGAAGAAAGAGCAAAUCCCAAAAGGAAAACGAAACCUUGCAGGGGAUGUUUGUUUAGUUUUACGUGUGCUGUUAAGGUACGUUCACAUCUUCCAAGGGACUGGCCGAGUGUUCUUAUACAAAGAUUCAGUUUCCAGUUGAUCAGACCACAAUUGGGAACAUACUGUACAUUUUACACACUGAGAGUUCAAACAUUUUAAAAAGAAAUGAUGAGAUCUGGAAAGCCCCUGGACUCCAGCCUCUGUGCUGUGAUAAUGCAUUGUUAAAAAUAAUCCUCAACAAAACAGUGACCCGACCUGUUACACUUUGGAUUCAAAAGCAUGUAACCCUCCCUCCCCAUCUCCUCUAAGACGGAUCAUAUAUCUACAGUCUGCCCUGUGUUUUCUUUCUUAUCAAGCCAACACAUACACACACACACUGAGCUUU